CUCAAUUUUAUUAUCUUUAUCUUCUGAUAGCACUGAGUCUGUCAAGUGCGCGAUGUUCACAAAUUCAUCGUCAGCUAUUCGCUGGUACUGGUCUUGCUCCGAGCUAUUUGUCUUUGUCACCGUGAGGGCUGCGAUCAUUGCGCGGGCGGUAGCCGUCCCGAUUGUAGGGAUGGCGACGACCGUUAUUAUUUCGGUUACUGCUGUCACGAACGCUGUGGUCACGAUUGUUGUCAUGACUGUUGUACCGACUGUAGCUGUCUCGACCGCGGUCACUGCGACCAUUAUUACGGGAAGGACCACGCUGGUUGUCGAGCUUGCGACAGGUAUGCUUCUGGUGACCAGCUCGUCCACUGUCAAGGACAGACAGGUAAGUGGUGAAGGAUAUGGAGACAAGAGGUAGGAGAACUGGAAGAGGCAAGGUAAGUGUUUUAUUGCAG